GGAUGAAGUGUAAUUUUGGGGGGGUAUCGUCUCUGUCUCCUCACUCCUGUAUAAUGGGGGGUCAUUCCUCUUGCGUUCCAUCAUCUAAACCUGUAAACCAAAGAAAAUGCUUCCAUACAUCUCUUAAAUCUCCGUCUUGGCCAGCUUCUUGGCCAGAUCGUCCACCUCCUUGUCCUUGAGCUGGACAGUGGGCUCCUCCUGGGCCUCCUCAGCCUCCUUGGUAAGGAUCUCGGCCUCCUUCUCGGCAUCCAGCUCCUCUUCCUCCUCAGAUUCCUCUUCCUCCUCCUCGUCAGAGUCCUCUCCCUCGAGGUCGCUCAGGCUGUCAAGUCCCCAAGCGUCCUCAUCAACGACAUCGCCACCAAUCUUCUCCUUGCGCUCCUCGAGGAACUCGCGGAUAGCAAUGAUGGAAGGGUCCUCCUCCUCGACCUUGUUGCCGUUGAGCUCAACCUUCUUCAAGGCAGGCAGAGACUCGGUAACAACGCUGGCGAUGCUCUCCAGUGCCUUGGGGGUGAUGUCGUUGAAAGCCAGGCGAAGGAUCUCCAACUUGUCCUGCUUGCCCUUAGCAAGAGACUUGGCGACAACCUUGGUACCCUUGGGCGUGAGGUAGGCAUCGUUGAGACCCAGCUCCUGCAGGCUUGUCAAGUUGGGGAGGACACCGGCAAGGGCCUUGGCACCGUUAAUGGUAAAGGUGUUGUCCUGGAGAUCGAGGAUGCGCAGUUCGGUCGCAGUCCUCAAGCCCUCGCUAAUAAGGUGGCUGAUUCCCUCCUGGCGAAUACCGUUCUGGAUCAUCCUGAUCUCCUUGAUCUUAUUGUGAAGGCUGUAGGCCUUGGCCCAGGCCUGCAUGCUGCCGUUCUCCAGACGGUUGCGACCGCAAAUGACAGUCUCGAGGUACGGGACUUCCUUGCCUUCCUUUCUCGCCGCCUCCUUCUUGGCGUGCAACUCGGAGAGCGCAUCAGCCACCAGAAUACCAGCAUGGGGGCCGAGGCCGUUGUUGUUCAGGUAAAGGUGCUGGAGGGGCACGUGGGCAGCCAGGAAAGCGACGACCGGGGCCUGGGUGUUGAUACCGAAAGCAUUGUCGUUCAGGUUGAUCGUCGUGAGCUUGGGGAGGUUGAGAAUAGACGUGAGGAGGGAGGACAGGGCCUCAGGGAUUUCGCUCAGGAGACGACCGGUAAAGAUGUCGGAGAGGUCGGCGGACUAGUCACUUUUGGUCAGUGGAUGGUUAUACGUGUGCUGGAAGCUCUUGUUUGCCUACCUGGAGGUUCUUCUUGGUGGCCAGGACCUCACCAAGGAGCUUGCAAGCACCGACUCCCAGGGUGUUUCCCAGGAACCUGACCUCCUCGACGUCGGUCGAGCGCAAGUCGGCGAUGUGGGCCUCAAGGUCGGCACCAGUAUCGAGCUUGAGUCCCUUUCCCUCAAGAGAGAACACCUUGCGCGUGGUCGCCAUGAUGGAUUUGUUGAUAAGCAAGGAGUGUUGGAAAAGCUGGGAGCAAGGUGGCAGCGAAGGCGCAAAAUGAGUGUAUGUCGGGGAUGUUUAUGGUGGGGGAGGGGUUAAACAAAGUCACUUUAUUUUGUUUUCCACAAGACCCCCGAGUCACAGUUGCAGGGGGUGAGCCCGGGUGGGUGCCUGUGUGCGGCUUGCCUCUGUGUGCCUGGUUGUGGUCACAGGGUGCCAGGCACCGACUGGCCAGGGGGCGAUUGCCGUCAUUUCAUGCUGACAGCUGGCCGCCACUGGCUAGUGAUUCAGGGUGCCCUCUGACACCCGGCAGAGUUGGUUUGGUAAGUGGACCCACAAGACGAGCUCCGUGAGCCGCGCUGCUCGUCGCGACACCCUGAGGAUUGAGCCCAGGCGCAAACAUCAUUAAAGUUGUCAGGAACGAGGCCGAUGUGAUUUUUCUAGCGAUUGACCUGCAUCCCGCUGGCUACUCCCAAUUAAUUCAUCAUCCCGUCUACGAUAGCAGCGCAUAGCUUGUUUUUCAUUAUAUUGAUCUCCGAUCUCUUUUCCUCUCGCAGCGAUAAUUCUUACGCUUGAUCACCGAACAAUCCACAGCCUUUCAUCGCUGCAUCUUUCAAAGUGCUAGGUUUCCAUCAUUCAACGGCCCAACAUGGCUCGUGGAGAUUCAACACCGCCCGACUCACCCCUCACCUCGGACCACAACGAUACCUCCGAGGAGGAAGAGGUUCACGAUUAUGAGGAUGAGUCGCUCCUCCGUCCCUCGAAGCGCCAGAAGCUAGGCGCAGCCUCGACAACGUCUCCCGCGGUGGUCGCGGAACCCGAACCAGAAGCCGUACCCGAGCCGGAUCCCUUGGAGGGCAUGUCGGACGUGUCUUCGGACACGUCUGGCGACAUUCCCAGCUCUCCCAUCAACGCCAAACUAGACGAGGAAGACUUCCAGGAGCAGGUGACUUCCUGUGCCUGGGAAGGCUGCGACGCGGGUGAUUUUGGCAACAUGGACAAGUUGGUGGAGCAUAUUCACAGCGAUCACAUCGAAAGCCGGCAGAAGAAAUACACGUGCGAAUGGACCGGAUGCAGUAGAAAGAGCAUGGGGCAUGCCAGCGGUUACGCCUUGAAAGCCCACAUGCGAAGCCAUACCAGGGAGAAGCCUUUCUACUGUUAUCUACCAGAAUGCGAUAGAUCAUUCACGAGAUCAGAUGCUCUCGCUAAGCACAUGCGAACCGUCCACGAGACAGAGGCCUUGCGUCCCUCCGAUCCUGUCCCCAAGUCUAUGCAAGCGGGCCCCACAGGAAAGGGAAAGCUCAAGAUCAUCAUCAAGACUCCUCAAUCACACGCUGCGGGACACGAUGAUGCCAUCGAUGACGGAGCUGACGACGACGAGCUCUCUGCCGACCUGUUUACUCCCUUGACUGAAGAUCAAGGCUUCACUUCUGAAGAGCUCAAGAUCCCCCUCGAGAGGCUGUACAAGCUCUGUAGAUUCCAGGUCAAGUGGGCGCAAGAGGAGUCGGUCAAGCUGGCGGAAGAGGUCAAGUACUGGGAGAAGCAGUACAAGGACCUGUGGCGCGAGAAGGAGGUUCUCUUCUCCCAGGUUGUCAAGAGUGAGGUCGACUGGCAUGAACGCAGGCAGGCAGUCCUUUCUGGCGCAGCAGAUGUCCAGCUUUCGGGCGUGCUAGAGAGCCAAGAAGGUACCCAAACAACCGCCAACGGAGGAGGUGCAGACUCCCAGGAAAGCAAGGCCGAAGAGACUCUGGCAAAUGGAGCCAAAUCCACCGAAGUAGCGGCAGCUAGUUAGGGUCAGCGCUUGGUAUCCUGGAACCCAGGCGUCCAGUUCUAGUUGGACAAAAUGACCUAGGCCGGCGACCUCGGCAAAUUCGAGGGAGUCUACUGGGAAAUGGGCGACUCCCCGGUUUCAUGCAUCUAGUGCGGCUGAUUGAUGCCUUUUUAUCACCUUAUCACAACGCACCAAAAGGACUGUACGAGUGUGGGUGAGUUUGAAGCCGUCGAGACAGCCGAGGCAUCUACAGGAAACGAUACAACUCCGACUUGCCAAAAACAACAGACAGCGGAAGAAGAAGAAGCAGAGUAUUGAGAGCGCAAAUUGACGUCUCUUGCAUCACGGGAGUCAUGAGGAAGGCAACCAGGGAAAUAGGCGCACGGAGUAUAUGUACACUAGGGA